CGGAAGAGGACUGAUUUGUUUCAGCGUUGUUGUGUUUACAUCAACCGCCUCUCGUUUACACACCGCAUGCAGCUUCGUUGGCUGAAUGAGUAGCAUACAUACGGCUAAGACUUUGUUAUUUCUCCGAAGCAAACUCAUGUCCCCGUUCAAAGACAGUUACGUGCUGUGGUUUCUUUGUUAGCGCGGGUACAGCUCUCUGUAUCCACAGACGAGCGACAAGAAUAAGUGACAACUCUGCAGUGUUUGGAUGAAGUGACCAUGAGGCAGGACAGUGAUGCUGUGAACGUCCCCGCAUGCUUCAUCUCAAACCAUGAAGGCUUCCUUGGGAGCAUCAAGAACUUAAUCAGAGACUUUGUGGUGACUGAGAUAGACAUCACUGGACAGCGUGUUAACACAGCUGCAGACACACAGACAGCAGCCUGUGCCUCCUCACAUCAGAACAAUGAAACCAGAGCAGAAUUCGAAGAGGACAGUCGGUGCUUGGUCUCACAGGAUGCUGACGAUUCAGCUGAUUGUGGGGACGAUGUCACCAUCCCUAGUCCAGGCAGUUUUGAUCUGAGCGUGAUUCUAGGCCAGUCGGUCAGCGACGAGCUCGAGCAGUUUGUGUUGACUCUCAAAGAUGAGAAGACGACCAAGCAGGAGCUCUCUCUGGGGUGCUUCCCCGACAAGCACCACCGAGCAAACGUCCACCGGGCCGUCAGGCACCGCUUCCCCUUCCUCAUGACCGUCACCAUUCAGCCUGAGAUCAGGGUGAGGGAAGACCCUGACUACAGGGAGCUCUCCCAGCUGGUCACAGAGGACGAGGCGGAGGACUUCUUCAGGUUCAUAGACGCCAAAGUGCGAGGCUCAUCCUACACGUUCGGCCCCGACGACAGCAAGGAGCACAGGACGGUGGUCCACCACUUCUUGAGUCGAAGGUUUGGCAAACUGGUGGAGACGAAAAGCUUCAGCGACCAGGGGACGACUGCGAUCUCGGUCAGGCUGAGAGAGCAAGGGAGGCCGAAGAAGAGAACAGCAGAGGAACGCAAAGAAGAAGAAGUUUACACCGGUUUCACUCUGUGUAAGGAGAACCUGGAGACUCUUGAGGCCAUCAGCUACAUGGCAGCAGCUCUCGGCGUCCUGCCAUCAGAUUUCACCUACGCUGGGAUCAAGGAUAAGAGAGCCAUCACGUACCAGUCCAUGGUGGUCAAGAAGGUCUCACCUCAACGGUUGAAAGAGAAGACUGCAGAGUUCGAGAAGAGAGGGAUGCGCCUGUCGCAGAUCUGCUCCGUCAGCGAGCCUCUGAGGCUUGGACGGCUGCAGGGGAACCACUUCGACCUGGUCGUCCGCGACCUGAGACCACACAGGGCCACUGACACACUCACUAACACACACACUCGCCUGGCAGGGCUGGUACAGGAAGCAGUGGAGAAUGUCGAGGCCAGAGGUUUUGUAAACUACUACGGACCACAGAGGUUUGGGAGCGGGCAGAGCGCUCAGUCUGACCGCGUCGGGCUGGCUUUACUCAAAGAAGACAUGGUGGGGGCUGUGCGUCUCUUCUUCACUCCAGAUGAAAGCGACGAUCCUCAGAGCCACGCAAAGAGACACUUCCUCGAAACAGAUAACGCCAAGGAGUCUCUGGCUCUGAUGCCGCUGUCCAAGGCCAGGGAGCGACUCAUGCUCCGGGCCCUGAACCGCUAUGGCACAGGUCCGGACGGUUGUGCCCAGGCGUGGCUCAGCCUGCCCCACAGCAUGAGAGUCUUCUACCCACACGCCUACUGUAGCAGAGUGUGGAACGAGGCCGUGGCACACAGGCUGACGACUCUGGGCCAUCGCGCCAGGCGAGGAGACCUGGUGUGGAGGCAGGAAGGGCAAAAGAGAGAAGAAGACACUGGAGAAACCAGCUUACCUGAGAUCCACGUGGUGACCGACCAAGAGGAGCAAGAGGGAGUUUAUACACUAGGACAGGUGUUGUUACCGAUGCUGGGAAACACCGUGAUGUAUCCAGAAAAUGCAAUGGGGACUUGGUUCCAGGAGAGACUGGCCAGAGACGGACUGGACGAGUGUCGCUUCAGAGUCGGCAGCCUCAAGCUAAACCUGCCCGGCUGCUAUCGCCCCCUGCUGGCCUUUCCACGCAACCUCCGCUACCAGCUGCAGAGAGCAGCCUGCGAGGAGGGAGGAGGAGAGGCGACGGGAGGAAGCAGCAGCAGAAGAAGCGACAGGCAGCUGAACGGUACGACAGUAGGAGGGAAGCGGGACCCGCUCGCUCUCACCUUAAACUUCGACCUGGACUCCUCCUGCUAUGCGACGAUCUGCCUCAGAGAGAUCAUGAAGUGUGACCCCUAGAGGUUCGGAGGACAUUGUUCCCGUCUUAUUUCUACAUACGUUUUCUUGUUUUGUAGUGGAAACGAGCUUUUUGUAACCCAUCGUUGUGAUACGUCAUGAGGAGUCUUUUUGGUUUAUUGUUAAGUAAUGAGCGUAAGACCGAUAAAACAAUGUGAAACGAGAUGCAAGAAAAAAAAAAAAGAAAAAAGUAAAACCGUGUAAACAGUAUUUGUGUUUUGUGCCAUGAAUAAAAUGAUGAAGACUCCGUCCAACUAGGUUCUGCUUUUUAAGUAAGUAAAUAUGUGACAUUUACUCUGA